GGACGCUGGAAAGUUAGGACAGAACCUACUGUGGAUAUUAAGGAGGUCUUUACUUUGCUGCUAUUUUUAAGCGGACAAGAACAUGAAACUUUAAUUUUACAUCGAGUGUAUCGCCUUUUUGGAACGCAUCGAUUCUGCGUCUUUACGCACGAGAGGAAAAAAACAAAUAAAACAACAACUUCGACAUUUUUGGAAAUCUGCUCAUUGCAGGGAUGUUCAAGCCAGCCACAACAUUCUGACAGGCUCCUCAAAGGAUGUAACUCUGCCAACUUGACCACCCUUGCCUCUGUGUCCAGUGCUGUGCCGCCCUCUGCUGUGUGACCGAGGAAGGUCAAGAAGGGCCAGGCAGUAUGAGUAAUCAAAUAGAGGAGGGGAUGAACCCUGUCAUCAUCAUCCACUACAACCACUCGGGAAAGUGGGAACGGCCCCGCGGCAGUGGGGCCUGUAAAAUGGUGCUGCUGCUCCUCAUCUGCAUGCUGAUUGUUCUGGAGAACAUUACAGUUCUCCUCGCCAUCUGGAGGAAUAAGCGCUUCCAUAGCCGUAUGUACUUUCUCAUUGGAAACCUAGCGUUGUCGGACCUGCUGGCUGGGGUGGCUUAUAUGGUUAACAUCUUUACCUCGGGACCCAAAACCUUCUUCUUGACGCCACUGGAGUGGCUGGCCAGAGAAGGCAGCAUGUUCGUAGCCCUCAGCGCUUCAACCUUCAGCCUUCUGGCCAUUGGGAUCGAGAGGCACAUGACAAUGGUGCGCCUGCGCCCCUGCGAGACAGCAGGUCGAGGUCGGCUUCUAGCACUGCUGGUAGCCUGCUGGUUUGUGUCGGUACUGCUGAGCGCUCUGCCCAGCCUGGGCUGGAACUGCCUAAACAAUCUGCCUUCCUGCUCCACAGUGCUGCCACUCUACGCUAAGAGUUAUAUUGCUUUCUGCAUCAGUGUGUUCAGUGCCCUGUUGGUGGCCAUCAUUAUACUCUACAUCAGGAUCUACCGUCUGGUGACCUCCAGUAGCCGCAGGGUGAGCAGCCGGCCUUCAGAGCGUUCGUUGGCCUUGCUUCGUACGGUGGUUAUCGUGCUCGGGGUUUUUGUCAUGUGCUGGUCUCCCUUGUUUCUCCUGCUCCUGCUGGAUGUUGGUUGCAGUCCAGAUAAGUGCCCUGUUCUCUACCAGGUGGACUGGUUCAUUGCCCUCGCUGUACUCAACUCUGCCCUUAACCCCCUCAUAUAUACUCUGUCCAGCAGAGAAAUGAGAAGCGCAUUUUUCCGGUUGCUGUGCUGUUGUCAGACCAGCAUGGAGCACACUGGGAAUCCUGCAGCGGGCAACCCCAACCUAGGGACAAUCAUCCCCACAGGAGAAAACAGCAAGACAAGUUUCGGUGGAGGAGGGGGGAGCGGGGAUGGGAAGUCUACAAUGAAUAGAGGGAAGGUUCCCACACCUGUGAACUUAGACAACAAGCACGGAGAUCCCUCUGCCACCGCCGUGCCCCAUCCUUCAGGGCCAGCAGACCUGCUUUCAGCUGUACUUGUCAAGGCGGGAGCGCUGCCAGCCCUCAACAAGUUUUAAAUAGAAAAGCCUAAAUGAGGCGUUACAGCUACACAGAAACAGACUGGUCUGAUAAUCCUGCUACCAGACACUUUUUGCUUGUACAGUGUCAUUUGGGAAGCACGGCUUAGAUGAAGUAUUGAUAAAAUAAUUCAGAAAUUCAUUUGGAACCAAAUGCAUCUGAUUCUGAAUCAUAGUACAAAGAAACUCUUUUAAAGC